GUCUAUGACCGGAAGCUAACUUCAGCGUCGUCUUACUACCGGGAUCCGCGACUGAACGGUCGUAAUAGAUUGUUGCCGUAAAUAAGUUAAUUGAUGUCUGUAAACCUUGCGCUAAGUUAUCUAUCACGACCUAGCUACAUCAGCCCGAUGAGUUUCCAGUAGACACCGGCUCAAAGCAGUCUUGAGAUGACAGUAACGUUACUUCCUGUUUAGGAAAUCGUGUAGAGACCACAGGUAAAGUUUUGUAUUUGCUUAUUCGCCGGGGAUAUAGUUAUUUUUUACUGCAAAAUGAUACGAACUGACUACUUAAAAAUGAUCUUUCAAGUUGUCAAAGAACUGGUUCCUGUCCUCACCAGCGGAAUUCUAACCGUGAUACUUUUAUCGUGUGUUUUGUUUGGCAUCGAAACAUAUUUCGACUUCACUCAGGGGGUCUUUAGUAUUGGCGCCACUGUUUUUCAAAAUGGACACAUCCACAAGCUUUUGGCGUAUCCUUUUUACCACAAAACUUCAGCUCAGCUUCUCCUGAACAUUGCAGCUCUGGUGUUUCUCAGUGGAAGUUUGGAGAAAGGUGUUGGCACUGUUCGCUUCCUGUUCUUGUUCCUCCUGCUGUCGACCACCACAGGCUUGUUUUACAGCUUCCUGGAUCUUCUGCAAGAGGAAGGCAGCCGGAGUCAAGCCGAGGGGUUGGUUCCUGUGGUCCUGGCAUCUGUGGCUCUAACUACCAUGCACACCAAAAUGACUAAAGGAUUCCUGUGUGGAGUCAGUUUCCCCACCAUGGCUCUCCCUUGGGUGCUCCUCAUAAUCACCACUGCCCUCAUUCCUCGCAGUGUGCUCCCCUGUAACAUUAUUGGCAUCCUGGUCGGAUGGAUGAAAGGGAAAGGAUGGUUUUCCUUUCUGGACAUGUCUGAAGCCAGGUCUGGCACUCUGGAGAAGAUGAUGCCUUUUAGGUUGUUGAGGAGCAUCAGGGGUGUUAAGUUUGUCCCUUCUUCCACAGAGCAGAGGAGGAAGACUCUUCUUCCACUAAUCAAUCCAACACCAGGGUCCUACCCGGUCCAGGCUUACGCUCCAUUGUCUCACAUUAACAGUCCCAAUACGGUGGCCAAUAGUUACGAAGGCUGGCAGAAUUCGACCAGUGCUCUUAUCAAUCCCACACCACCUCUCCAUCCUCAUGAACAUGGCUCUGCACAUACAUUUGAUCUAAAUCAUGGACACUGUUCAGAGCAGAGUUUUGGCCAAAGUUGCAACCACAACCAUAGUCAUGGUCUUAAUCAUCUUGGUCAAUUAUAGUCAUGGUUAUUUCAUUGCCUUACAACACUCAAACAAUACAGAUGAGGCUUAUCAAAAAAACGUAUUCAGAUUAUUCUAUCAGUACUGUAAUAUAUUUCCCUGUUAAACACGUGAGCACCUGCUGCAUCUCUUCAAACGCUUGGACACAUUAAGCUGAUUUUAAAGUAGGCUUCUACAGUAUGUGUGGACUCUGCCUGGCUGUACAAUUAAAUUACAUUUUGUACAUCAAUUUAAAUACAUACUGUUGUACUAUUUCUUAUGCAUUUCUAGAAAUAAAAAAAUUGGUGCAAAACAAAGUCUCAUUUAACACAUGGCAAUCUUUUAAACAUUUGUGUGCAGAUCCUGUCCUAUAUUUAGUUUAAAGCAUGUACAGGAUAACAAAUCAAAUGUUAUUUUCAAUCCAAUAACUUGUGAGUAUAUGCAAACUGGA